AUGGGAACUGGACUGGGUAGGGGGCAUUUCCCGGGUAAAGCGGAGGGAUUCACUGAAUUCCCACCGGGUAGGCAAGAAGCUUUGGGUGAGCGGAUGACAUCCUGUGCAGUCUUAAUACGCAAUGCUUUGCGCUUAGCAUGUUGUUGCAGUUGCAAUUGCAAUCGAAGUUGUAAAAAUUUGACGUUGCAUUAUUUGAAGAUUUAUUUUAUGUGGUUAAUCUAUCGCAUUAAAUCUGAAUCUGGCAAUCCGCUUAAGACUCGUACGGGUAUGGCCAUGCACUCAAAGCUGACCGCUUACAUUGGCUUGUCAGAUGAAGUGAUGAUGAGUGUGGUGCGUGCCGGUUCUAUGCGUUCCGAACGCUUCUAUUCGAUGGGCUCCCGAGUGGGCGGCGGCGGCGGCGGCCGCCAACUUCGAACCACGCCCCCAGCUGCGCUCAUUGCUCCGCCUCCUGCCCAGUUGAGC